UUUUAAUAUUGGUAAUAAAAUGGAAAGGGCCAACUCUUGUGAAUAGAAUGAUUUUACAAGAAGAAAAUUACUGCAGUAAGUAUGAGAGAAUGAUCCUGGACACCCAGCCCAACCACUGGGUAGCCACUGAAGCAGAAGUGAUACUGCUGGUCUUCAAUGAAAUUUAUCCAGUAUGGACUUACUCUUACCUGGUGCUGCUGUUUCCUGUGUUCCUUGCCACAGACUACCUCCGUUACAAACCCGUUGUUCUGCUGCAGGGACUCAGCCUUAUUGUCACAUGGUUCAUGCUGCUCUAUGCCCAGGGACUGCUGGCCAUUCAGUUCUUGGAAUUCUUCUAUGGCAUUGCCACAGCCACUGAAAUCGCCUAUUACUCAUACAUCUACAGUGUGGUAGACCUGAGCAGGUACCAGAAAGUCACAAGUUACAGUCGAACUGCCACUUUGGUGGGCUUCACAGUGGGCUCUGUCCUAGGGCAAAUCCUCAUCUCAGUGGCUGGCUGGUCCCUGUUCAGCCUGAAUGUUAUCUCUCUUACUUGUGUCUCUGUGGCUUUUGCUGUGGCCUGGUUUCUGCCUAUGCCACAGAAGAGCCUGUUUUUCCACCACGUUCAUUCCACCUGCCAGGGAGUGAAUGGUAUCAAGAUACAAAAUGGUGGUAUUGUGACUGACACCUCAGCGUCUAACCACCUUCCCGGGUGGGAGGACGUUGAGUCAAAAAUCCCUCUAAAUGUGGAGGAGCCUCCCAUGGAGGAAUCGGAGCCCCAGCCAGACCGUCUCCUUGUGCUGAAGGUACUGUGGAAUGAUUUCUUGAUGUGCUACUCCUCUCGCCCUCUGCUCUGCUGGUCGGUAUGGUGGGCUCUCUCCACCUGUGGCUAUUUUCAAGUCAUCAACUACACACAGGGCCUGUGGGAGCAGGUGAUGCCUUCUCGCCAUGCUGCUAUCUACAACGGGGGCGUGGAGGCCGUUUCAACCUUACUGGGUGCUGUUGCCGUUUUUGCAGUUGGUUACAUAAAAAUAUCCUGGUCCACUUGGGGAGAAAUGACACUGUCUCUGUGUUCUCUCCUGAUUGCGGCCGCAGUGUACAUCAUGGACACUGUGGGUAACAUUUGGGUGUGCUACGCGUCCUAUGUUGUCUUCAGAAUCAUCUACAUGUUACUCAUCACUAUAGCAACUUUUCAGAUUGCAGCAAACCUCAGCAUGGAGCGCUAUGCCCUGGUGUUUGGUGUCAACACCUUCAUUGCUCUGGCCCUGCAGACACUGCUCACGCUCAUUGUGGUUGAUGCCAGUGGCCUUGGCUUAGAAAUUACGACUCAGUUCCUGAUCUACGCAGGUUAUUUUGCACUCAUCGCUGUGGUUUUCCUGGCUAAUGGUAUAGUCACUAUUAUGAAGAAAUAUACAAAGCAGGAAGAUCGAGAGUCAAGUUCUCAAGUAACCACUUCAUAACACACUACUGACAAGCUGCUUCUUACAGCAAGAAUUCUGCAUAGCCACGGUCCCUGGAUGUAUUUAAUUUUUUAAGAUGUAGACAUAUAUUUAUGAAGUGUGCAUUUCAUGGCUUCAAAGCAGCCAAUUGACUAUACCUGUGUUCCUAGAGUAAUGUAAUCGUGUUCAGAGGAGCAGAAGGAAAGUUUGUUUAUUUAAGGAUGAUUUUUUUCUGAUUCAAAAGUGAACUUAAUUUUGAAAACCAAGUCAUCACAAGCAGUCAAGCAGCACAUGAUUGUUGUAUACUUGAUAGCAAGUGACUUUGGUGUGUCAUAGGUCAAGUACUUCUAUAUCUGAUUAGCCAGAGCUUGGCCUGGUGGGACCAGGGCCUCACAAGGGCCACAGAUGUUACAGGUCAAGAUAGAAAUAUAUUGUAACAGCACCUGCCUCUGUUCAACUUAAUUCUUAUUUUGUUAUUCAUGUGCAUUUGUGUUUCUACAGAUGAAAGGUGUUCCUAUACAGGCAGCAUUUGCUCUGGUUUGGUGUCCUGUCCUAUAAGGAGCAUGUGUCAUUUCUAAUAAGUUGUGUUUAAAAAUUCAUUGUGUGAAUGCUCUCAGUACCCAUCUUGCCAGUUACGUGUUUGUAUAGAUUUUCGUUAGAAGUACAGGUUCACAUUAUUCAUAUGCUUCCCGGAGAAGCUCAUGUAGUUAGAAAGUAAGGCAAGUUUUAAAGCCUGCUAGUAACCUGAGUGAAGAGACCUAAUCAGAAAACGUGAGGUAGGUUUCCUCAUCCUGUAUCCUUUAGAGGGAAGGACUGUUAACUCCACGGUGCAAAGUUAGAAUGUGGGCCAGACUCACAACUACCCACUCUCUGCAUUCCCUUUUAUUUCCAAGAUAAAAUGAAAAAGUCUUUUUUAAAAUAACUUCAUCUCCAUUUAUGACUUUUAUAUUUAUCCUUCUUAUCUGAGAUAAAGGUGUUGUCAGGAGUUGGAUUGUUCCAAGGCCGCCUUUACAAACUGAGCCUCUUUUUGAUGAUUUCACUGGGACAGGAACCAGGAUAGACAUGAUUCCUGCAUUUUGUACACUAAGUCUGCCUUUGCUUCUAAGGGUGGAUCAUCAUAAAUAUUUGCUUAAAAUAACAACUGCUAGUUAUUCCAUUUCCAAGGUACUUGAAAAAAUAUUCUGUAUAUAAUCCUCAAAUCAGCUUACCUACCAAGUGGCUGCUAGAAUAUGUGAGAGAUGAAAAGUAUUUUAAAGCCAACUUUGUUGCCUUAUUUUGAAAAGAAUCUAGAUAGCUGCUUUCAACUGGGGGUGUUCACAUUUUUCGAAUGGCACAGCUAAACAGUGUGAAUGAUAGUGUCAAGAUUUCAAAAUUGACAUUCUUGGUUUAAGCGGGAACUCUAGAAGCAAAUAAAUAAGGUCAUUUUCCAUUCAACUUCUUUUUGGAUAUAGGGAAAGGAAGAGAACACUAGCUACGGAAGAGAAGGGGUUGUGAUGUCAUAAAAGUAGCCUCUAAUUUUAUAGUUUAUCUUUUAUUUUGCUAUAUAGGGAAUUGUUUACUCAGAAACAAAUAGAAAAGUGGUACUUGAGGGAUUUUAUUUAAUCUUUUUAAAUAAAAUGGACUGUGGUACAAUCAAAUUGUUCACAUUACCAAAGCGUUAUUUCCCUAGAAUUUAAUUCGAAGUUUGUGCACACAACUGGAGCCUUUACUCAUUUAAAACAGUAAUAAGUUCACAUCUUGCUGCGUGGCCAUGUUUAUAGAAUGCUGAGCCCUGUUUGCAAGUUGUACUGUAUGCAGUUUUGCACAGUGGAAAUAAUAACUUGUACUUUUUAUUCAAAGCUGUAUAGUUUAUAAAAUUAUUUUUAUUAAAUAAAUAUUUUACAGUAUA